AUAAUAGGAGAUGUUUGAGGAGUAAUUUGCCUCUUCCUCGGCCAAUGGGAACCGGGGCACUUUCCCAUCAAACCAAACCUUCCUCCCCCCGCUCCUCUUUUCAGGAUCUCGAAGGAGACUGUUUGUUCCAAAUGUUCGUGGGACGGGAUCCGAGGCGCACUGCACCGCCGGGCACCCGGGCGCCUCUCGUCUGCGGGGCUGUGUGAGUGAGUGCUCGAUCCCCGUCUCCUGCCGCGCGUCGAAGGGGCCACGCUGGGAGGCGCCGAGGAGGGCGCAUGGGGCGCGCUUGGAUGGCCUUGGAUUCGCCCCCAUAAUGUUCCCAGGGGAUCCCCGCAGCAGCCAGCCUGAACCGUCGCACCCCGCGCCUCUCCUCUCUGGAUUACCGCGCCCGGGAAGGAAGUUGCCUGCACCCCUUCGCCUGCCCCUGGCGCCGUCCUCGCCCGACCUCGGAGCAUGGCCUCGCAUCGGCCGGUCCCUGGGGCCGCGGGCAUCUUUGGAGAACUCCCGCCGUCUUACGCGGUCGCUGCCAGCUCGGAUCUGCUCCGGAGACCCAGCUACUGCCACGCCGCCUUUGCCCUCAAGCAGAUCGCCAAGGGUAAGGCUGUGGGCCAGAAAGCCCCGCUGUGGCUGAGGGCCCAGUUCCAAGCCCUUCUGUUUACAUUGGGCUGCUGGAUCCAGCGUCACUGUGGCAAAGUACUCUUUGUGGGGCUGCUGGUCUUUGGGGCGCUGGCUGUAGGACUCCGAGUGGCCUCCAUCGAAACGGAUAUUGAGCAGCUCUGGGUGGAAGAGGGCAGCCGUGUCAGCCAGGAGCUUCGAUAUACAAAAGAGAAGCUAGGAGAAGAAUCACUUUACACAUCCCAGAUGCUCAUACAAACUCCCAAACAGGAAGGAGAAAACAUCCUGAAUCCAGAGGCCUUAGGAAUGCAUCUCGAAGCUGCUUUGGCUGCCAGCAAAGUGCAAGUCUUACUGUAUGGAAAAUCUUGGGAUCUCAACAAAAUCUGCUACAAGUCCGGAGUCCCCAUAAUUGAGAAUGGGAUGAUUGCACGGAUGAUUGAGAAGCUCUUUCCCUGUGUUAUCGUAACGCCAUUGGACUGUUUCUGGGAUGGGGCCAAGCUGCAAGGGGGUUCUGCGUACCUCCCGGGCCGACGGGAUAUCCAGUGGACCAACUUGGACCCUAUUCAAUUGAUGGAGGAGCUUGGUCAGUUUGCCUCACUGGAAGGAUUCAAGGAAAUGCUGGAUAAGGCAGAAGUUGGCCAAGCCUAUAUGGAACGACCCUGUCUUGACCCCUUUGACCCUGAGUGUCCUGCCAGUGCUCCCAACAGCCAUAGCCGAAAAGUACCAAAUAUUCCCUCUGAGCUCACAGGUGGCUGCCACGGCUUCUCUCAGAAAUACAUGCACUGGCAAGAGGAGCUGAUCCUGGGUGAAACAGUGAAAGAUUUCCAGGGCAAACUACAGAGAGCUGAAGCAUUACAGAGCAUGUUCCUGUUGAUGAGCCCACGGCAGCUGUUUGAGCACUACCGGGAUGAUUAUGAGAUUCAUGACAUCAGCUGGAGUGAGGAGAAAGCAGCUGCUGUCCUAGAAGCCUGGCAGCGGGAAUUUGUUGAGUUGGCCCAGGAAUCCCUCCCUGCAAAUUCCUCCCAGACUAUCCAUGCCUUCUCCACCACCACGCUUAAUGACAUCAUGAAAUCCUUCUCAGAUGUGAGCGCCAUCCGCGUUGCAGGCGGGUACCUCCUGAUGCUGGCAUAUGCCUGUGUCACCAUGCUGCGCUGGGACUGCUCCAAAUCGCAGGGUGCUGUGGGCCUAGCAGGAGUUCUUCUCGUUGCCCUUUCAGUGGCAGCAGGACUUGGACUGUGCUCCUUACUGGGAAUCUCUUUCAACGCAGCGACCACACAGGUGUUACCUUUCCUGGCACUGGGCAUUGGUGUAGAUGACAUGUUUCUCCUGGCGCAUGCCUUCAUUGAGACUAGCCAACACAUCCCUGUCAAGGAACGGACUGGUGAAUGCUUACGGCGUAGUGGCACCAGUGUAGCGCUCACCUCUGUCAAUAACAUGAUUGCCUUCUUCAUGGCUGCUCUGGUGCCCAUCCCAGCUCUGCGAGCCUUCUCUCUGCAGGCUGCGGUGGUGGUCGUGUUCAAUUUUGCCAUGGUGCUGUUCAUCUUUCCUGCCAUCCUGAGCCUGGACCUUCACAGGCGUGAAAACAAGAGGCUUGAUAUUUUAUGCUGCUUCUAUAGCCUCUGCUCCUCCCGUGUCAUCCAGAUCCAGCCACAAGAAUAUGCUGAUGCAAAUGACAACCACGCUGCACCCACAUUUCCACACGGACACCCACCACUGGCCACCAGCACACGUAUCACAACCACAGUGCAAGCUUUCACCCAGUGUGACCCUUCUGGGCGACACGUGGUCACCAUCUUACCACCUACGCAGCAUGUCUUCACCACCCCAUCCACUCUGCUUCCUGCCAACCUGAUGGGGUCACAAGUCUGCACUCCUGCCAGCUCCACUCGUGACCUCCUGGCACAGCUGGAUGAGGGCAAAGGUGCCCAGGAGUGCGUCCCGUUGCCGUUUUGCCAAUGGAAUCUCUCCAGUUUUGCUCGAGACAAAUAUGCACCCGUCCUUCUGCAGAGCCACACCAAGGGAAUUGUGGUGGCCAUAUUCCUGGCACUAUUGGGCCUGAGCCUCUAUGGCACAACCAAAGUUCAUGAUGGGCUGUAUCUGACAGAUAUUGUCCCACGAGGCACAAAAGAACAUGCCUUCAUUUCAGCUCAGUUCAAAUACUUCUCCUUUUACAACAUGUUCGUGAUAACCAAGGGUAGCUUUGACUACCCCAGCUCCCAGGAGGCCCUCUAUGGCCUGCAUCAGGCCUUCAACGCCAUCCAGUAUGUAGUGCGUGAUGAGAACCGCCAGUUGCCUAAGAUGUGGCUGCACUACUUCCGGGAUUGGUUACAAGGUCUGCAGGCAGCUUUUGACAGAGAUUGGGAAUCUGGACGUAUUACCAAGGAGAAUUAUCGCAAUGGGUCAGAGGAUGGUGUCCUAGCUUAUAAGCUUCUCAUCCAGACAGGCAGCAAGAAGGAGCCCUUCAAUCUAAAUCUACUGACAACUCGCCGCCUGGUGGAUGAGAAUGGGAUUAUCCCCCAUGACAUCUUCUACAUCUGCUUGACAGUGUGGGUGAGCAAUGACCCCCUUGGCUUUGCUGCUUCUCAGGCCAACUUCUACCCACCCCCACCAGAGUGGAUCCAUGACAAGUACGAUGCCACUGGCGAAAACCUUCGAAUUCCAGCUGCACAGCCCCUGGAGUUUGCUCAGUUCCCCUUCUACCUCAAUGGACUGCGGCAGACGUCAGACUUCGUAGCAGCUAUCGAGAGUGUCCGUGCCAUCUGUGAUGAGGUGGCUCAGACACAUGGUGUGCUAAGCUACCCUAGUGGCUACCCUUUUCUCUUUUGGGAGCAGUACAUUGGCCUGCGUCAUUGGCUCCUGCAAGCAAUCAGCAUUGUGUUGGUCUGCACUUUUCUGGUGUGCACCCUGCUGCUACUCAAUCCUUGGACUGCCAGUAUCAUUGUAUUUGUUCUGGCCAUGAUGACGGUUGAACUGUUUGGUAUCAUGGGCCUGAUGGGCAUCAAAUUAAGUGCCAUCCCUGUGGUUAUCCUCAUUGCUUCUGUGGGCAUUGGUGUGGAGUUCACUGUGCAUGUAGCACUAGGCUUUCUCACAGCCAUUGGCAACCGGAAUCUGCGCUCCACUGUGGCUCUAGAGCACAUGUUUGCCCCUGUGAUGGAUGGUGCUGUCUCCACUCUGCUGGGUGUACUCAUGCUGGCUGGUUCCGAAUUUGACUUCAUUUUGAGGUACUUCUUUGCGGUGCUCACCAUCCUGACAAUUCUAGGGCUGCUCAAUGGUCUUGUGUUACUGCCUGUGCUACUGUCUAUCAUUGGCCCGCCUGCUGAGGUCACACCUGCAGAUAAUGGUAGCCGCCUGCCAACACCAUCACCUGUUCCCCCACCCAUUAGUCACCACAGUUUUUAUGUGCAUCAGCAGGGUGGUGCCUUUACAGACUCCUCUGACUCAGAGUACUACUCAGAGAGCACUGGUGCAUCAGAUAUCGGCAAAGAUGAUCGGAAUACCUACAUCAUUCCCCCAACUCAGUCACAUAUUUUGGUCAAAGCCAGCAAAAGCCCCAGAUUCCCCAAAAUCACAGUGGUGAAAAGCUACAAGACAAGCCUGGAGUCACCUCUGUCACCGUGCAGCCCAGACUGGACUCAAACCAUGACCACUGGAAGCCACUUAACAUCAUCCACCAUCGAUGUCAAGCAAUCUUCCCAGCAGCAAGAGCAGCCAAACCACAGACUAGGGCCUCAGCAGGCUCAGACUGCCCCCAUUCCCCUUCGGACCAACUCCCAUGCCUACAGUGCCAAAGUGCCCCCUCUUGGGACUGGUGGCUCCUUCACCACAGUUACAGCCACUGCCUCAGUGAUGCUGGCUUUGCACCCCUCCCUGCCCGGCUCAUGCCGGGGCUAUACACAUGAUGGCUUUGAAUCUGACAGCCCUGAGGAGGCAGGCCUAGUCUUACCUGACAAAUUGGAACUGCAAGACUUAGCCCAGAGGCCUUAGCUCCUUUCUCCAGGCCAAGACCCUGAUUCUAGAUUCCCACCUCAGGGGUAAGAUGUGCACAACAUCCCAGGUGGGAGCAGGGGCCCAGGUUGUUCUCUCACACACCAUGGACUGUGAAGCAGAAUGGACAUGAGGAAGCUCCAGAACAGUAUCUAACCAUCUUUAGACAUAGACAGUGCCUUUGCGAACUGGAACAAAGAGAUGAGAUGAACUACUGCAGAAUCUGUCCAGUUGAAUGGUUGGUGGGUACUUCUAGACCGGUACUCCACUCUCCUGUACCUUAUUUCUGUAGGUGUAUCUGCCACCAAAAUGCAUUUUGGGCCCCUUGGUUUCCAGGGUGCCUGGUUCCAAAACACUCCUAGUUUGUGUCUUUACGUCAGACUGUUGACUGAUACAGCAUUGGUUGUACUUACCUACUGACAGAGGAAGUUCCAGCUCGCAGUAUGGGAAAUGGAAACCAUUUCCAUGAUGCUACAUGAAACAUUUCAUGGCUGUUAUUGGGACAGAGCAUCAAAAUUGUCCAAACACCUACCCUCCUGUGGAGAGAACAGGACUCAACUUAUAUGUGGGGAACUUGCCCACAUCAUGCUGCUAUUCUUUUAUUUUUAUUAAUAUUAUUAUUAUUAUUAUUAUUUUAAACUGUAUAAAAAGAUUCACAGUUCCCCUUUAUAAUUAUAAUAAUUAUUUUUAUUGUUUUCACAGCUCCCUCAUUAAAAAAAAAAAGUGGCAGUAUCCCUUUAAGGGGAACACCCCGGUGAGGUUGUAGUGGGGAGAGUACCUCCUGGGAAUAUGGAGUGGAGGGAGCAUGCAAUGGAGGGGCACAAUGUGUCUUAAUGUUCUAUGCAAGCUGUGUGGGACAGGCUGUGCUUUGCUCCUGCCACCAGCACAACUGCCUGUGCCAGUACCUGUCCUGUGGCUGUUUAAAGUUCAGUCUUCUCCCUUUCAUAUCCCACAUCCCCAAAACUUUCCUUUGUGCCCCCUUCUUUAGCUUGCUUACAUCUUUGUCAGCCUUACAUAGUCCAUCACUAAAGUGUCCCCAUCAACACACCUGUUCGAAUUAUCUGUUGGAGUUUUAGCCCCAUCCUUUCCUAGUAUCAGUGUGACAUCAUUUGUGUUCAAUAGAGAGACUUCUUUCUGUACAAUUUGUUGUCCAUAGAGAUCAGAGCUAAGACUUCUAGAAGGGCAAUUGCUAGAGAUGUGAAUUAUAUCUGUCUUCUUUCUAAUUCCAUACUUCAGGAGGUGUUUUGCACGAGAGAUUUUGUACUAUGAUGUUGAUACACAAAAUGAAUGCUACUACACUGUUUAUGGAGUGGGUGUUUGAGGUGGCUGGAUUCAAUAGCAUUUGUGUAGGAAAGUAGGAUUCCCUACAGCUAUUUGCCCUUCUAAUGGAGGGAGUUUUUAGUGGGUCUUGUCAGAUUCUCACUGGGUAGCUAGUACCAUUUUGGGUUGAUUCAUGCAUGAUGUUUUCCUAUUCUGAAUUAAUUGGUUUCCUAAGCUGUGUACUUGUGAUUCAAAAAAAAACUUCAGAGAAGAUGGCCUACAAAUCCUUCUCUAAAGAGAUGCUUUCUGAACAUGAAAAAAGAACUUGUGUGAAAUUAUCUUUUUGUUUGAGCCCAAUUGAGAGUUUUUAGGGUGACAAAUAUCUGCUGUUCAAAAAUAUCCCAAUGUGGCUAUCAGAGGAAAGAGUGUUCUAAGGGAGAGGCAGUGACUGAGUAAAAUCUUUCAUUUCCUGCCUCAAAGAAUGAGAGUUGUGGUUGCAGUUUAUGUUUCAGAACUCUGACUUUCUGGUUCAGCUUCAUUAGCUGAAAAUCCGGAAAUGAACUAUCACUUGGCAGCAAGAUUGAUCUAAAGGACUAGUUCCAUUUCUAUACAAUAUUCCCAAUAAUUAAUACAAUAUACAAGUUUCCCAAUAAUUAAGUCAAAAUUGCUUUAUGAAAGGUUGCAAUUUUUGCGUUCCGCUUCAGGAUAGAAAUCCUAAUUUUGUAUGAAAUUUGCUGUUUUCUGGCCAGCUCUUCCCUAAGCAUUGCAAAAUAGUGGCUCACAUCCUCUGUACUGAAACACACAACUUUCUGGAUUAAAAAUAUAUUUAUUAUUAUUAGUCCUUCUGGCCUGCUAUAAAGGAAAUAGAGGCAAAAUGGCAGCUAGUGCAACAGUCUUUACGGGCUGUGAUCUUUUACAUGAUGUUACCAACAGUCCUUUAUGGAACUGCUGCUGUUCCCUGUUUUAGUUUGUAUCUAUUGUGUGUGUAUGUAUAUGAAUGUUUUCUGUCUUCAGCAAAUACUUUGAUGAGUACAAGACACUAGAGGGAAAGCUGAAAUUCUGAUAAUCUAAUUACCAGCAGAGUUGCCUCAGCUGAAUAUAUAGUGUAGGCAACUGCUUGAGAAAAACCUAAAAGGGGAAGGAUAUUGCAUCUCCCAUGUACUAGAAACUUGUUGUCCCCUUGAGGAAAAAGUAGCUCCUACCUGCACUUGUAACAAGAUGCAGAGAUAGAGGCUCAUUCUGUACCGCAUAUUUAUAAUGAGUUGCAAUCAUUAUAAAUUAAUUCGUUUUCCAUUGGGGAAAACAAGUUGAUUUAUAAUGACUGCAACACAUCAUAAAUAUGUUGUGAGGAACGAGCCAGAGAGAAAAACUCAAGUUGGGCCUAGGGCAGCAAUUUUAGCCCUAACCUAGGGUAGCAAAAUACCUUUAACUGCCCAAAUUACAGAUUUGGGGACGGUAAGGUUCAAGAAACCACCUCAAAUUACAGAAGUUGUUCAACAUGAUUCUGCACAAAUACUAGACACAGUUUGCCCUCUAAAUAAUGUACUGAUAUUGGUGUGUUAUGGUUUCUCUUCAGAAUUGGAUAAAAUAAGCUGUGCAGUUGACUUCAACUUCUUGCCGGCAUGAGUGUUCCCCUGGAGCUUUGUAUCAAAUUUUGGAUAAAAUGAUGUGUCUCCUUGGACUAAGAGUCAUCACAGCCAACCAGCUGUUUUGUAUUAAUUCACCCUGAAAUCCAUUUCCCCACUGGUGUAAUUCCUUCUAAAACCCAAGCACUUUAAACCCUUCUUUUGCCCAAUAACUGCUGUAAUUUCAUUCUGCAGCUUACUCCAGAUUCCCUAUCCAUUGCUUGCUGCCAGGGAAGAUUCUGGUGAAGUGUUCUCAUUUUGGUUGUAUGAACUCUCUUGGCAGUUUCAAAGGGAUUAAAUUUCCUGUUAGAAUAGACUGAGACAAUUCAAUUAAAAGCUACCAGUGUUUUCUGGAGUCUGAGGAGUUUGCCACAUGACAGAGGUUGACCUACCUGUUCGAAUUUGUUCAUUCUUCCCAUCGUAAAACUAUUGUCACGGUUAGGAUCUAGCAGCAUCUGACCUGUCUACCCACUUAUACUGCUCCCUCUUACAGUCUUCCACUGUCUAAAAACAGCAAGGUGCCUCUAGGUAACCCACAAUAGAAAUGGUGCUUGCCUCCUCACCCUAAGACCAGGACCAGCAAAGCAUAAGGAAAUGGUGGAAAUAGGGCAUGUUGUGUGUUCAUGUGUGUAUUUGUGUAUGUGUGUGCGUGGAAGUAUGUAGAGGCUUGCGGGAGACCUUUUAACCUGAAAUGUUGUCAAUGCCAUCUAAAUUAUUUAUAUGGAAAAGAAAAAAGAUUUAUUUUUGUAGUUUGUACAGACCUCUAGCCUUACAAUGGAAGUUUUAUUUUUAAAAGUAAAUAUAUAUUAUAUAUAAACAUACAUUUUGAUGGUGA